AUGGUAUCUGGAGUCCACCUGUCGCCAAGUUCUCCUGAGCUUGUUUUGGACCAUGACCACUCAUCUCCUUCAGCAGGCUGCCUUUCUCCUGAUGCCAUUCUUUCCUCACCAGACAAUGUGCACCCAGACAGCAGCAUUGGAAGCCAAAGUGUUCCGAAAGCACAGGUUCAGCAGUCAGUACACACUCAUCUAGAUAUCCCACUUUUUCCAUUGGGUUCAUCAGAUGAGAUGAGUAAUGAAACAGCUGCUCUUGUGGAUGAUUCUGAAGAUCCUGCAGGCAAUGUAUCAAACAUAGAGCUUCAGCAAAAAGUUUCAGAUCUGGAGAUGAAACUCAAAAUGUCUGAAGAAGAAAAGCAGAGGAUUAAAAAGGAUGUUGAAUCACUGAUGGAAAAGCAUGGUAUUUCAGAAAAAGACUUUCUAAAAGAAAAAGAGCAAGAAGCCAUUUCCUUUCAAGAUAGAUACAAAGAACUACAGGAAAAACAUAAACAAGAAUUGGAAGACAUGAGGAAAAUGGGUCAUGAAGCACUUGGAAUUAUUGUGGAUGAAUAUAAGGCAUUACUACAGUCUUCAGUCAAGCAACAAGUAGAAGCUAUUGAAAAACAGUACAUCUCUGCAAUUGAGAAACAAGCACACAAGUGUGAAGAGCUGCUAAAUGCUCAGCAUCAGAGACUCCUUGAAAUGCUAGAUACAGAGAAAGAACUGUUAAAGGAAAAAAUAACAGAAGCCUUAGUUCAGCAAUCUCAAGAACAGAAGGAGAUAUUAGAAAAAUGUUUGGAAGAAGAAAGGCAAAAAAAUAAGGAGGCAUUAGUAUCUGCUGCAAAGGUAGAGCAAGAAGCAAUGAAGGAUGUAGUUAUGAAAGCCAUAGAAGAAGAAAGAAAGAAUUUGGAAAAAGCUCAUGCAGAAGAAAGGGAAUUAUGGAAGACAGAACAUGCAAAAGAUCAAGAAAAAUUGUCUCAAGCCAUUGAAACAGCUUUACAAGAACAGAGGAAAAUAAGUCAGGAAACUGUUAAGGAAGCAAUAGUAGAAGAGCAGAGACGAAGUGAAAAGGCUGUGGAGGAGGCAGUGAGAAGAACACGAGAUGAGCUAAUUGAGUAUGUAAAAGAACAGAAAAGACUUGACCAAGUCCUCCGACAGAGAAGCCUGUCCAGUUUGGAGCUGUUCCUCUCCUGUGCACAGAAACAGCUGAGUGCCCUCAUAGCGACAGAGCCCCUUGAUGUUGAAUAAAGAGAACGUGACAAGCUAACCAACACUGGCCUGUAUCAGUCAUUAGACCUCUAAAGUACACUUUAUGACCUACAAAGAUGCUCUUCCCCUGACUUUGGAGAAUUUAUUUUAAGCUCAAGGAUAAGCCAAAACAAUACUUAGAGCUAUCAAGGGAUCUAAUUUAUUUCCUUUCAUUAUCACUCUGCAUUCACUAUUAUUAUACUAAUAGAAUAGUAGCAACAGAAUAUAAUAUGACCCGAAAGCCAUCAAAAUGCACACUUAUCAAGUCAAUUAUGCAAAUGUUGUGGUCUCUGGUGACCUAAUACACAGUAGUUGAUUAAAAGAAUAGAUACCUUUAUGAUUGUUUUGAUUGUUUCAUGAUGAUCCUUAUAAGUUUCUGGAAUCAUUAUUUGAUUUUAACAAUAGAAAUCAUGUAGAUUUCAUUGCUUAUUUAUGUAACUUGAAUAUAAAAUGCUGAUGUGAUAAAAAAUUAUUCUGAUAUUAUGAAACUUUUUUCUGCAUUUUGAUCUAUGUUUUCAUUAGUCUAUUGAAAACAAUACAAAUAAAAA